AUGUCGACCACCCCUCUUGCUCUCUGCCUUUGCUUUGCAUUCCUCUUCUACGUGUCUCAAGGAGCCAAGGUUACAUUCACAAACAAGUGCACAUACACAGUAUGGCCAGGAACCCUAACCGGAGACCAAAAGACGCAGUUAUCAUCAACGGGUUUCGAAUUGGCUCCAGGAGCCUCCAACUCUUUAGACCUUCCAUCUCCAUGGUCGGGCCGCUUCUGGGCCCGAACCGGAUGCUCCAACAACAACGGCAAGUUCACUUGCGCCACCGCUGAUUGCGCCUCCGGACAAGUCGAGUGCAACGGCGCAGGUGCAGUGCCACCAGCAACUCUGGUAGAAAUAACGGUUGCAGAAAACGGAGGACAGGAUUACUACGACGUGAGCAACGUGGACGGGUUCAAUAUCCCCUUGUCCGUAACCCCACAAGGUGGAAGUGGCGACUGCAAAACCUCGAGUUGCCCUAAGAACAUAAACGAUGUGUGCCCUGCAGAACUUCAAAUGAAAGGGUCUGAUGGUAGCGUGAUUGCUUGCAAGAGUGCGUGUUUGGCUUUCGGAGAUGAUAAGUAUUGUUGCAAAGGUGCAUACGGUACUGCAGAGACAUGUCCACCAACGAACUACUCUCAGAUUUUCGAGGAGCAGUGUCCUGAUGCUUAUUCCUACGCUUACGAUGACAAGAACAGCACCUUCACUUGUUCCAACAGGCCUGACUAUGCCAUCACAUUCUGUCCUAAUAACUAA